UGUGGGCUGAAGUUAGGCUGGGGCUGGGAUUGACCCGUGAGAGCUGGGUGGAACCUACUGUGAUUGGAGAUGUGGCCACAAGAGGGCGCUAUGCUCCCAUUACAGCCGUUCUAGUGAUUUCAUAGGGAGACUGUCCUGAGCACACACAAUCACUGCCUUCUCAUUACAGACAAAUCACAGUCUCUCCUCUGUAACCCAGGCACUGCCAUCCACAACCACAUCCCCACCCUGUGUACACAAAAUCCCUGUUAGUCAUACUCUCACUUCUUAUAUAUGCUGCCGGCAGGCCAGUUGUCUCCUCUACAGGAAUGUGUUCCCUGCCUCACCCGAGCGUUAUUCAGCUCUUUUCAUUUUCCUGAGCAUUUUUUCCACACCAAGCCCCUGGCAGGAUGCUGGGGCUGCAGAGGGGGUAGGAGCUGAACCCAAGGAGCUCAGAGCCUGGGGGAGUCAAAAACAAACUCUUCUGCAUUAACAGCCCUCUGGGUGGCUCAGCCCCUCUCCCAGCACCGUGUGAGGACCUGAAACUUAGGGGACACCAACAUCAAGGCCCGACCAGGAUGGGAAGCAGAAGAGGAACAAAGGCUAUACUGAUCUAGACCAGUGGUCGGCAAACUCAUUAGUCAACAGAGCCAAAUAUCAACAGUACAACGAUUGAAAUUUCUUUUGAGAGCCAAAUUUUUUAAACUUAAACUAUAUAGGUAGGUACAUUGUUAUUAACUUAAUUAGGGUACUCCUAAGGCUUAGGAAGAGCCACACUCAAGGAGCCAAAGAGCCGCAUGUGGCUCGCGAGCCGCAGUUUGCCGACCACGGACCUAGAGGAACAUUUAGUGACUAUUAAAGCCGAGGCCAGGAGCCAGAAAUCCAGGAGGCAGCCCAGAGCCCAUGCAGGCGGGGAGAGGUCAGACCAUCGUGCAGACACAACAGGCUGUGAUUCAUCUUUGCUCUCAAGUGUGGCCAUUAGUGAGAUGGAUAAGCCAGCCAAGUUUAAGGUCCCUGGGCAGGGCUGAUAUCCACCCCCCAGGUGUGAAUCAUAGCUUAACCACUUCCGGAUCACAGCUUCACCGUGCUACACCUUGGCAAGCUUUCAGAAUCUCUGUCUUGUCACCAAUACAAUGGGAACCGUAUCAAUCAGGGUCCUGGCAGGAAACAGAUGACACAGUCAAACCAAAUAAUGUCAAAGAGUUUCCCUGAGGGGCUGUUUUAAAAGGUGUGGGCAUGAUUAAGGAAACCCACGAAUCCUGGGGUAACUUCAGUAUCCUGGGGCUAGUUCCAGAGUAGCAAUGGACAGGGUUACUACACAGGUGCUCCAUCCAACCACAGCAACCAAAUAAAUUCCCCAACUUCACUCUCCCAUCUCCUGCUCACCUGCUGGUGGCUCCCACUGACCCAACCCAACCAGAAGCCAGAGAUCCAGGAGGCAGUCAGCCUCCUAAGGCACAAGGCAGGGUGGAGAAGGGGGAAGAGUAGAUCAGAGGGGCAAAGGGAACAUACUCAUCCCAGCACUCAGGACAUACCUAGGAUUGUUGUAGAGGUAAAAGGAGACACUGCAGGUAAAGCAUUAGUACAGAGCUAACAACAUAGCCAGUGACUAUCCGAGUGCAACCAUGCUCAGGAAAGUCUCUGCCUGCUCCCCAGGCCACGUGGUACCUCAGCCCCAGCUUAGAUUGGAUGGUUGCAAAGGUCUUAGGGAGAAGGGAUCUCUACCUAUCUGCCACCAUGCAUUCCAGCAUCUUCCAGGACAUUCUGGUUGCCUGGCCAAGGAUGGCUUAGAGAUCAGAGCAAUCAGGGCACAUCAUUGGCUAUUCCAGAAUGGACUGAGCUUCCAGCCUGACCCUGCUUCUCCAGGGUGCAGGCCAGGACCAUGGAUGAGGGACAUUCCAGUCCUGGACAUCCUGCCUUGGGCCUGGGAGCUAUUUUGAGCAUCACAGCUUACUGUUCUCAUCCAGUAUGUGUUGGGCUAAUGUUCAGCACCCAGAGUCCCCCAGUGCACAUCACUGUCAUCAGAAGAUAGCCCUCAUGUCCCCUUGGCUUUCUCUGCUCAGGGUACACAUCUCUAUUUCCUCCUCCCUCAAUUGCAUGAGCUUCCUUCAAUUGUGCAUCUUAUAGAUUUCAAUUUCAUAUACACAGCCUUCAAGUCUACAUCUACUGAAAGAUGUAACAGCCACCCUGCAGCCCUAGAAGAGACAAGAGAAGGAUGAGGACAGGUUGAGAAGACAGCCCUGUGUAAACCAGGAGGAGGGCAGUCUCCAAGAACCCAACCAUGCAGGUUCCCUGGUCUCACUCCAGCCCCCAGAAAUAGACAGAAGCCCAGGAGCCAUGGGUGACUGGGGCUUCCUGGAAAAGCUGCUGGACCAGGUCCAGCAGCACUCCACUGUGGUGGGCAAGAUCUGGCUGACAGUGCUCUUCAUCUUCCGCAUCCUCAUCCUGGGCCUGGCCGGUGAGUCCGUGUGGGGUGACGAGCAGUCGGAUUUCCAGUGCAAUACGGCCCAGCCGGGCUGCCCUAACGUCUGCUACGACCAGGCCUUCCCCAUCUCCCACAUCCGCUACUGGGUGCUGCAGUUCCUCUUUGUCAGCACGCCCACGCUGAUCUACCUGGCCCACGUCAUUCACCUGUCUCGGCGUGAGGAGCGGCUGCGGCAGAAGGAGGAGGAGCUGCGGGCACUGCCGCACAAGGACCCCUGCGUGGAAAGGACGUUGGCAGCCAUAGAGCGUCAGAUGGCCAAGAUCUCAGUGGCCGAAGAUGGCCGCAUGCGGAUCCGAGGGGCGCUGAUGGGCACCUACGUGCUCAGUGUGAUCUGCAAGAGCAUCCUAGAGGCAGGCUUCCUGUACGGCCAGUGGCGUCUCUACGGCUGGACCAUGGCGCCCGUGUAUGUGUGCCACCGCGCACCUUGCCCCCACUCGGUGGACUGCUAUGUCUCUCGCCCCACCGAGAAAACUAUCUUUAUCAUCUUCAUGCAGGUGGUCGGAUUCAUCUCCCUGCUGCUCAACCUGCUGGAGCUGGUGCACCUGCUGUACCGCUACCUCACACGGAGACUAAAGGCCCAGCAGGGCCAGCAUGCCCCCCUCGCUCAGGGCACCACCCCGGAGCCCUACGCUAACCAGGUCUUCUACCUCCCCAUGGGCAAGGAGCCCUCAUCCGAGCCAUGCCCCGUCUACAGCGGGCUCUCAUCCAGUGAGCAGAACUGGGCCAACCUGACUACAGAGGAGAGGCUGGCUGCUUCUAGGCCACCCCCCUUCCUGGACCCGUACCCUCAGAGUAGCCAGAAAUAUCCCAGCAGCCAUGCUUCUAAGAAACAGUAUUUGUAGGAACCUGGGACUUAUGUCACCCAACGGUGGGGCCUGGGAAGUCUGGCUGCCUUGGGUGCCCCCUCCUUGAAGGCUCUGCAGAGAUGACUAGGGCGGGGGAAGCGGGUGCUUGCUGGCCGUGGGGCCUCACUAUCGGUUGUUCUUGGACACCUGGGACCUUCCUGGUGACCAGACGACACCUCAUGGUUUCCCCUCCAGAACCUGGCUUUGCCGCAGGCACAGAUAGAGCCAGCUCGGGGUGCUCUUGACCGAAGGCUUCGGCCCUCUGGCCUUUUUCACUUUGUUCAGAGGGGCCUGAAGCCAAGUUACUCCACCCCCACCGUCAUGGAAGUUUCUCCUCCACCCAGAUUGUCCUCACACCCUCUCCUCGCAGGAAGAGGCUGGACCAGGCUGCUGGGUAGGCCUGGAUUACACACACAGAGCCCUGUCAAGGAGGCCGGCGUCUUGUUCUCAUCACUCCUUCCUGGUUCCACUGUUUAUGCUUCUAAAAUAAACGGAACUUGAUCACAA